AUUCCAGUGAGAGAUUCGGGUUCACACGAGAUGUUGAAGUCAUAGCAUCCAAUGAAACCGGAGAGGGGGAUAUGAAUAGUAAUGAUAAACCAAGCGAUAUCUUACCGAUAGCAUUGCUUACUCUCUCGGAUACACUCGAAGAGAUUAAUUACAUGGACUUUUUUGGUUGUAACAGUAAGAAUGGUGGAGAAUUAAAAUACACUGAUACUAUAGAAAACAUACAUGCUCAACUCAAAAAACACAAUAGCGCGAUCAAAGGUGAUAUUGAUAUUUAUGAGCAGAAAAACGAUAUCGACGAAGCCAUAUUGGCAUUUUUCAAGGAACGUUAUGUAUUUGUACCCGAUCCAACAUGGCUCA